AUGCUGCAGCAGAUCCUGAAUGAAAUGUACAUUGACCCGGAGCUCCUGGCAGAGUUGAAUGAUGAACAGAAGCACAUCCUUUUCUACAAGAUGAGGGAGGAGCAGCUGCGGCGUUGGCACGAGAGGGAGGCGAGGGCAGCCAGGGAGGAGGCCGAGGGGGGCAUGCUGCGGAAUUUCAGGCGAGCGAACAGUAAACACAUUCAAUGGCUUCAUGGGAUAGAUGGUGAAGUUUGGGUCUGGAUUAUGGGAGAAGCCCCAGGCGACAAGACAUAUGAACAGAUUUCGGAGGAGCUGAUAGCAGAAAGGGCAAGACGACAGGCCCAGAAGGAGGCCGAGGAACUCUGGAGACAACAGGAAGCAGAAAUCACAAAGAAAUUCCGGGAUGCUAUGGCAAAUGAGAAGGCACGGAUCUUGGCAGAGAAAUGGAAAGUAGAGAUGGAAGACCGCAAGGCAGCCAAAGUUCUGGAAGAGAGGAUUCAUGAGGAAUUCAAGAGAAAAGAAGAAGAGGAGAGGAAAAGGGGAGAGAUGCAGAUUCGCCUUCAGGAAGAGCGGAGAGCCAAAGAGUUAUACUGGACCCUGAAGCAAGCUCAGCAGCAGAGCCAAGCCAGUGAAAAGGAGGAGCGGGAAUGGGAAGAGCAGCUACGCCGUUCUAAAGCUGCAGAUGAAGAACGGAGACGGAAAGCUCAGAGAGCCCGGGAUGAGUAUCGUCGGCACUCACUCCGAGCAAUUCAGAAAGGGACAGUUGCUGGUCUCAGCAACAUGUUCCAAGAAAUUGGCUUGUACAAUGAGCAGGAGGCAAAACUCAAUAACCACCAUCAUAGCCCCACUCCGCUAAAGUCCAUCCUUGUCCCUGUCAGGGCUUGGGAACGGCCCCUUCGUCCAGUCUCUAGAGAUGUCAUCAUUCGCUGGUUUAAGGAAGAACAAUUGCCCCGCCGGGCUGGCUUUGAGAGGAACACCAAAUCCAUUGCCCCUUGGUUUCAUGGGAUCAUUAGCCGAGAGGAUGCAGAAGACCUUCUGUCCAACAUGACUGAGGGGGCAUUUCUGGUUCGUGUCAGUGAGAAAAUCUGGGGCUACACCCUCUCCUACCGCCAGCAGCAUGGGUUCAAGCACUUUCUUGUGGAUGCAUCAGGGGAUUUUUAUAGCUUCCUGGGAGUGGAUCCUAACCGGCAUGCAACUCUCACAGACCUUAUUGAUUUUCACAAGGAGGAAAUCAUCACAGUAUCAGGUGGAGAGUUACUGCAGAAACCCUGUGGACAGAGGGACAACCCGCCAGACUACCACAUGCUAUUUGAAUGACUUUCUCUCAUGGAACAAGG